ACACAUACAUCCAGGCUGAUUAAACAUUCUUCUGUCGUUUUCUUUUGCACAGUGUGAAUAGAGGAGAUGCCAUUCAUUGGACUUUAACUGCGGAGAAGCCACGCCUCCUGUCGUGGGCGGGGUUUAAAGUUUAGCGCAGUCCUGAAACUCUUGCGCCGGAGUUCAGUCAGUCAGGAGCUCACCGCUCGCGCGCCACGGACUGAUCUACAGGAAGAGAGGCAAGUGUAGUUUAGACAGAUCAGUCUUUUAGAUCAGACCACAGCAUGGAAUCGGUAGGUCUUCGUUCGGUUUAAGUGUUAGAUUUGGAAAAGCAGCUAAGAGAAGGACUUUACGCACGCGUCUCUGGAUAACCGCGCCGUCUCUUUGCGCGGUGAUGGAGCUGUCGGACUUUCGGAGUUUUGCGCUUUGGAUUUCAUUCCUGACGGGUUUCACGAUGGCCAGUUACUCAGAAGACCAGUGCAGCUGGAGGGGAAGCGGUCUCUCUCAGGCGGCGAAGAACGUGGAGCAGGUUUGGUUGAGGUGUGCGGAGGGCUCCGUGGAGUGGCUGUACCCCGCCGGAGCUCUGCGUCUCACUCUUUCGCCCCGACUGCCGUGGAGCGCCAUGGGCCCCGGCGAGUCCAGCAGGAGCCCGGUGUCGGCCUGCAUCAAGCCGGAUCCGCACUGGGGCGGGGCCCAGCUCUACCUGGAGCGGGACGGGGUCCUGGAGCUUCUGGUAGGAGACGAGACCUCCGGCCCGGCCCGUGUGCGCUGCUUCAGUGCCAUGCCUGGGGAACGACCGGCGCUCUUCCUGCAAGCGACGCCUCACCAGGACAUCAGCAGACGCAUCGCUGCGUUCCGCUACGAGCUGAGAGGGGAUUGGAUGGCGCAGCCGUCAGUCAACACGGAUCCAAUCGGCAGCGAAGGAGCCUGUAGGCCGUGCAAUAACACCGAGAUCCUGAUGGCUGUGUGCACUAGUGACUUUGUGGUUCGAGGAAACAUCCGUUCAGUGGAUAAGGACUCAAGUCUGAAAGCGGCGGUGAUCAAAGUGAGCGCCACGCGGGUUUACCGGCAGAAGUUUGCGCUGUUCCCUGAAUCGGGGCGUCUGACGCGGUCGGGCGAGAUCCGGACACCUCUUCAGUGUGGCGUCCGGCCCGGCGCCGGCAGCUUUCUGUUCACCGGCCGCGUGCACUUCGGGGAGGCGUGGCUCGGCUGCGCUCCGCGCUACAAAGACUUCCUGAAGGUGUACGAGCAGGCCAAACAGUCCCUGAUGAUCCCCUGCACUCUGGUCAACGACUGACGGGAAAACACGGGCCAAACUCGAGAUUCUGUCACAGAACAUGAUCUGAGAGACUGGGAGAACAGAGGAGGAAAUCUCAGCAAAGAUCGCCGGAUCAAGAUGGAUAUCCGUGUCCACGUCCGUCUGAUUCCGCCCAUGUUUGAGCUCCUAAACCGGGCCUCUUUUUUUUUUUUUUUUUUUUUUUUUUUUGUAACUCAGGAAAUCUCGUCUUGGGACGCUUUGAUGCGAACAUCGCGUCACUGAAAUAUCCAAAGUCCUCGUGACGUCGGAGACAAACUCACGAUGUUGAGCUGGUGAAUAAGCUGUACGCAAUGCAUGUAGCGCAGUCGUCUUUCGCAGUAUUUGACGCCACAGAAAAACAUUGAUUUGUCCGCCUUUUUGUAU